AAAAACUGUCGUUUGUUUGUUUUCGUCGUCGCUAUUUUUGUUUGUUCCCUUCCGCCCCCGGGGGUGCAGCCGCCCGCCCCCCCUCUCCCCCUCCUCCGGCAGCUCAGCCCGGCUCGUUCCCUUCCGCGCUGCCCGAGGGGGACACAAGCGACAUGAACCUCAACUUCACGUCGCCCGUGCACCCCGUGUCGGCGCCCAGGCCCACCUCCUUCUUCAUCGAGGACAUCCUGCUGCACAAGCCCAAACCCCUGCGGGAGGUGCCCCCCGAGCACUUCCCGGGCUCCUUGGCCUCCCGCGUGCCCCUCUUGGACUAUGGGUACCCCCUGAUGCCAACGCCGACCCUGCUGGCGCCUCACCCGCACCCUGCCCUGCACAAGCCGGAGCAUCACCACCACCCCCCCUAUUUCCUCACCACCUCGGGAAUGCCGGUGCCAGCCCUUUUCCAGCACCACGCUCACGCCGAGCUGCCCGGGAAGCACUGCCGGCGCCGCAAAGCCCGCACCGUGUUCUCCGACUCGCAGCUCUCCGGGCUGGAGAAGAGGUUCGAGAUCCAGCGGUACCUCUCCACGCCCGAGCGGGUGGAGCUGGCCACGGCCCUCAGCCUCUCCGAGACCCAGGUGAAAACCUGGUUCCAGAACCGCCGCAUGAAGCACAAAAAGCAGCUGAGGAAAACCCAGGACGACCCGAAGCAGGCGGGCGGCGAGGAGAGCCGAGAGCCGAGCUCCCCCGAGCCCGAGCUGCCCGAGCCGGCCGGAGCCGAGCCCCGCAAGGGUCCCCCCGGCCCUUUCCUGCUCCAGGACCCCGAGGACGAGGUGGACAUCCUGGAGGAGGGGGAUCUCUGCCCCCACCGCCUCUAGCCCGGCCUGGGCUCUCCUGCGCUCCGGGGUGGCUCUGCCCCAGCCCCGACCCCGCAGGUCGCCCCCUCCUCCCCAGCCUGGAGGAACGCGCACAGGGAAGGGGGGCACAGGUUUUUUUGGUGCGGGGGGAGCCCCCUCCCCUCGCCGGGGUGAAGGCAGUACCGCCGGUUCCCUCCCGCCUCACCCCAAGCCUGAGCUUUGCUUGGAAACCUGAUAUUGGGGUGGAGGGGGGAAUAAACUAAGCCGAGUUUCCUUUAGGUUUCCCCUUCCCCUCGAGAUGUCGGACUUUUCCCCGUUCCCCGAACUUUCCUGGAGUUUCAAAUAAAUGUAUACUCGUGGCAGCAUGUUGUCGUUCCUGGGAGCGGCAGGCAGGGCAAACCCUAACCCCAUUCCCCGAAUCCCUAAAUCCUCGCCGCUCCUUCCACGCGCUGGGCUCGCCGCCUCCAUCCCUAAACGCUGAGCCCGGGCAGAGCUUCCAGGACGUGCACACACUCAAACAAAAAAAGAACUGUAGAAAAGCCCUCCAAAGAAACAGGUAAGAGCGGAAUUCCGGUUUAUUUAAUUCCGAUGUGGACAAGGGAGAGGGGGAGCAUCGCCAAGAACUCGAUCCUGCCGGGGAUGCUCGGAGCGAACGCGCUCCCGCCGAGCGAAAGGGAUUUUCUACAGCUUGGAGAAACACCUGCGCUGGCAGCCUGAUGCCUUCACGGCUUCCAGGUGGGAAUCAGCUCCCGGAUAUUCCCUUUUCCUCUCAAAUAGCCCCGGAGCUGCUCCCGCUCCAGGUUUGGCUCCUGUUCCCCCUUUCCUGCAUCUCCUCCCGGCUCUCCGCGCUCCGUGUCGCGGUCACACGGAGCAGCCACCGGCCGCCCUCGCUUUGCCUUCAUCUUCCCGCCGGGGAAACGGUUUUAAUUUCCAGGUAAAUUAAGCUUUUUAGCAUUUAUUUUUGUGAGCUGCCGGCUGGGAAACGCGGAGCCUCCGCCGCGCUCCCAGGGCAUCUUCGGGGAGGAGACGGUGGGAUUGGGGAUUUCCUCCAUAAAAACCUGGAGCAGAGGCUGUUCUGGCUCAGAAAUCACCUGUGCAGCCCCCGCUGCACAACAACCCGGUGGCACGUCGAUGUCUCGUUACGUUAUUUAAUUUAUUUUCCUUACGUUUUUUGAUUUAAUCGGGAAUUUAGUUUUGGUUGUCUGGCGUUAUCAGCACUUUCAGGGUAUUUUGGAUUACGGGACGUGUUGUUUUGUGAGGGGGGAAAUGAGUCCCUGUUUAAUAUGUAAAAUAUAGAUGAUUGAAAAGUGUA